CGGAGCAGCCCGGCCGCCGGACAUCCUCGCCGAGCCCAGCGCCAGCCCUCCCCGGCCAUGCAAGGCGCAGCCCCGGCGGGGGCAGCCGAGCUCCGGGCAGGCUACGCGGCUCGGCCGGGGCUGCCUUCGGGGCGGGCGUGACGGCCGGGGAACGAGCCUGCGGAGCUGGGCGGACGCUCCCUGGCGCGCCUGCCGGAGCUGCCGAGGUCCCCGGGGCGCUCCGGACGCCGAAGGCUGCCGGGCAGGGCAGGGCAGGGCGCGGCGGGCGGGCGACGAUGGGCUGAGGAUGGGCUGGCAGCCUCCGCCGUCGAGGAUGCUCUGGACGGGCGCCCUGCUCCUGCUGGCGGCGCUGUGGGGCGCGGGCGGGGCGCGCAGUUGCCCCCUCCAGCUGCGCGGCUGCAAGUGCGUGGGCGAGAGGCCGAAGGGGCUGGCCCCGGCCAGGAAGCGGGUCAGCUGCAGCGGCGAGGAGCUGAGGGAGCCGCCGGCGCCGCGCCUGCUGCCCAACGACACCGUCACCCUGCUUUUGAGCAAUAACAAAAUAGCAUCCCUGAAGAACGGCACUUUCUUUGGACUACAUGCUCUUGAAAAACUAGAUCUGAAGAACAAUUUGAUUAGCACCAUUCAGCCUGGAGCUUUCCUGGGCCUCCAGGACCUGAGACGCUUGGAUCUCUCCAACAACCGCAUUGGCUGCCUCAACGUCGGCCUCUUCCAAGGACUGGCCAGCCUUAUCCGUCUGAACAUAUCAGGAAAUAUCUUCUCCACCCUCCAGAGUGGAGUCUUUGAUGAGUUGCUGUCUCUGAAAGUUCUUGACUUUGCCACUGAAUACCUGACCUGUGACUGCCAUUUGCGCUGGGUCCUAGCCUGGUCCAAAAGCCAUUCUGUCCAGAUAUCUGAUAAGACAGCGUGUGUCUACCCCAGCAGCCUGCAUGGGAAGCCACUACGAAUCUUCAAAGAGAGCCAACUGCACUGUGAAGGGUCCCCAGAGCUGCACACUCAUCAGCUAAUCCCCUCCCUGAGGCAAGUUGUCUUCCAAGGAGACCGACUCCCUUUCCAAUGUAUAGCCACCUACCUGGACAACAGCACACACAUCCUCUGGUACCACAACCGUGCAUUGGUGCAAGAAGAUGAACCUAGUGGCAUCAUCUUAGAGGACAGCCUCAUUCAUGAUUGCACUUUAAUCACAAGUGAGCUCAUCUUGUCCAACAUCCAUGUCUCGGCUAGUGGUGAAUGGGAGUGCACCAUCUCCACUGCCCAGGGCAAUGUUAGCAAGAAGGUGGAGAUCAUUGUGCUGGAGACAUCAGCCUCGUACUGCCCACCUGAGCGAGUUACCAACAACCGUGGAGACUUCAGGUGGCCGCGCACCUUGGCUGGCAUCACUGCUUAUCAAUCAUGCCUCCAGUAUCCCUUCGCUUCUGGGAAUGCAGGCUCUGGCCAUGAAAAACAGGCAUGGAGGCACUGUGACCGCACAGGCCACUGGGAAGAAGGGGACUAUUCACACUGCUUGUACACCAAUGAUAUCACCCGUGUACUCUACACCUUUGUGCUGAUGCCCAUCAAUGCCUCUAACGCACUAACCUUAGCCCACCAGUUGCGGGUCUACACUGCUGAAGCUGCAAAUUUCUCAGAUAUGAUGGAUGUCAUCUAUGUGUCACAGAUGAUUGAAAAGUUCACUGGUUACGUAGACCAGAUCAAACAGCUCACAGAUGUCAUUGUCGAGAUGGCAAGUAACAUGAUGCUGGUAGAUGACCAUGUGCUGUGGAUGGCUCAGAUCGAAGACAAAGCUUGCACCAGCAUAGUGCGCUCCCUGGAGAAGAUUGCCACUUAUGCUGUCAGCACCAACUCUCAGCAUAUGGCUGUGAACUCCAGGAACAUUGCCUUUGAAGCCUACCUUAUCAUACCAGAAAGUUAUCUGGGCAUGAGCUGUACGGCUUUCCAGAAGCGCGAGACACUUGGUAGCCGUUUUCCACGACCGGAACGGUAUUCUGAGUCCUUGGCAGACCAGCAGCUGAAGUUCCGUUGUGCUACGGGCCGGCCAAAUAUCUCCUUGGCCAGUUUCCACAUCAAGAACAGCAUUGCCCUGGCCUCCAUUCAGCUGCCUCUGGGCCUCUUCUCCCCACCAGUUCCCCACCGGCCUGUGCCCCUCAAGUGUAAGCUCCAGUUCCUAGUGUUCCGCAACGGCAAGCUCUUUUGCAGCACUGGAAACUCUUCACACCUCGCCGAUGAUGGCAAGCGACGCAGUGUGGCCACCCCAGUGAUCUAUGCAGGCACACAUGGCUGUGAAGUAAGCAACCUCACAGAGCCAAUCAUCAUAUCGUUGCGACAUUUGGACGAGGGCACAGAUCGCACAGCCGCUUUCUGGGACUUUGACAUUCUGGGUGGUUAUGGUGGCUGGAGAGCAGAAGGUUGCCAGCUGAUCCUUCAGGAAUCCAACUUCACCACUGUGAGCUGCCGACAUCUCAGCAACACUGCUGUGCUGAUGGAACUGAGCAAUUUCCCACAUGACUCAAAGAGUCCAGCUGAGGUGCUACAUCCUGUAAUUUACAGCUGCACAGCUCUCCUCCUCCUGUGCCUGUUUACCACCAUCAUCAUCUACAUCAUCAACCACAGCACCAUUCAUAUUGCACAGAAGUGCUGGCACAUGCUGCUAAACCUCUGCUUUCACAUCGCCAUGACAUCAGCUGUGUUUGCAGGUGGCAUCACCCUCACCAACUACAUAGCCAUAUGCCAAGCAGUUGGUAUCAUUCUCCAUUAUUCUUCCUUAUCUACUCUUCUGUGGAUGGCAGUGAUGGCGCGAGUAAUCUACAAGGCAUCCACCUGGAGGGCACCCCAACAGCAGGAAGGGGAACCAUCUCAGCCUGCCCCACGUCCAAUGCUACGGUUCUACCUGAUUGCUGGUGGGAUCCCUCUGAUCAUUUGUGGGAUUACAGCGGCAGUCCGUAUUGACAAUUAUGGAGAUCAGGACUCAUACUGCUGGCUGGCUUGCCGACCAAGCAUUGGAGCAUUCUUUGUGCCUGCAGCUUUCAUUCUGCUCAUCACCUGGAUUUACUUCCUGUGUGCUGGAAUCAGUCUGCAGUGCCAAGCUAAGGAUCCCAAAGAAAUGCCCAAGCCCUUGGAAACCCGGCAGCACUUGGGAGGCAGUAGCAACCUGUUGACCGAUUCAGGGUCACUUUCAGUCACACUGAAUUCCAGCCCCCACGCUGCUGAUGUUGAUGGUGUGUAUUCCCUAGGGGUGCAGCUCUGGGCCCUUGUCAUCACCCACUUCCUAUACCUCACUCUAUGGACAUUUGGAGCAAUGGCAGUAUCUCAGCGCUGGUUCCUCCUGAAGGUUGUCUUCAGUUGCCUCUAUGGAGUCACUGCUGGAGCAUUAGGAUUCUUCAUCUUUAUCUACCACUGUGCCCGGCGCAGGGAUGUACAGAGUUCAUGGUUUACCUGCUGCCCAUCUUACAGGAAUGCUUUACCUAUGCAGGCUUAUGGGCACACUGGAGUGGGUGUUGAGGAUGGCUCACAGGUCUUCAUUGGCUGCAACCCAGAAGUAGCUCAGUCCAUUAAGUCUUCAUCUUCCCCUACCAGCACAAUUUCAACCCCAGGGCCCUGCAAGCUCAACAAUUUGCAAGUGGCCCUUGGCCAGACAGACAGCACCCCUGUAACAGCUGCCUGCUAUGAGGAUGCAGAGCCUUCCAACAGUAAGAGUACCCCCCCAACCAGGUAUACGAAUAAUCUCCAUGGGCGCACCAGGCACCAUAAAAGCAGAACUAAACUGUAUCGAGAAGGGAAACACCAGCGCCUAAAGUCAAUGCGGGGACCUUCCUCAGAGCAUCCUACUAGUGAGAGUGGGAGCCUUCAGAACAGUCAUUCAGAGAGUUACCAAAGCAGUCGGAAUAGCCCUUUGAACCACCGGAGCCAAGGGAUAGUUCUGCCCCUGGAAUCGGCCCUGACACAGUCUGACUUGAGUGAUGGCAGUGGUGGCCCCCAGGCUGCAGAUUUUGGCCGAGGCCAGAGGAAAAGUGCCAGCAGAGACAACCUUAAGCAUCAGACCAACACCUCUGCAGAAAGAGAGACUAAGAGGCGCUCCUUCCCACUCAAUGCGGCCAAUCAGAAUGGAGUCCUGAAGGGCAGCAAAUAUGACAUAAAUCUCAGUGGUGCUGACAAUGGAGGCAGCAUGAAAACAGGUCUCUGGAAGAGUGAGACAACAGUGUAGGGAAGGGUCAAAAGCCUCUGCAGCUGGGAUUCUAGAGCAACACCAACUCAGGUAGGAAGCUGCAGGUUACCCAUGUUGCCAGAGCCUGCCAAACUCACACUGAAGAGGACACUAUUAUGCACUACAUAGGCUUGGAUAGUAUGAUAUGGGUAGGCAAGAACCAUGCUCCCUGCCAGUUUUCCUGAGUGGAUGGAGCAGGGAGACUGUUGACCUGCCAUGGGAACCACAGCACAUUUCACUUGUGUAUCAAGUGAAGUUGCUGUUCUUUGUGGCAGGGAACAUUUUUCUCCAGAGAAUGGACAGAAAGCCACCAUCGCCCAAUGUGCCAAAGUUGCAAAGCUGCAAAGCGAGAAACAAUCAUCUGUUCUUGUGAUUGUAUGUUCUCCCUCCUUCAUGUCCCUUUAGAUCCUUGAUAUUUUUGUAUAACAUACCCAGGAAGGUGAUGAUCUAUAAGCUAAAAUUUCUAAUAUGCUGUGUACAUAUGUAUAGGCAAAAUUGCUAUCCAAUGGAAAGUCCCUGCAUGCUUUAUGCUAAAUAACUCAUGUUGUGUAAGAGGUGGGCAGCUCUCCCCUGUUGUUCAAUGCCUAUACACAUACCUAGUUUUGGUUUGUUUCUGAUAAAUCUAGUAAGUGAUUGUGGAGUUGUCAAGGAAAAAGCCACAAGAAAGAAAGAUGCACUAUUAAAUGUUACUGUCUUGAAGGUGCAUGCUUGGGUGACAACCGUUAGUCUUCCUUAAGGGAGAAACUUGGGAGAAUAUGAUCCAUUGGGUAUCAUUGCCCAAAGUUGCUUAACAGUAGAGGUAUGCAAAACAUUUAGAACUCAGAACAGUUAUUCAAGUUUGGAGUGGCCUGUUCUGAUUUUACCAGAAUGCUGCUCUAAGAGAAGUUUCAAAGUUGAAACACUUCUGGAGCAAAAUAUUUCAGGUAAGGUCAUCGCAGCUGUUCUGAGCUUGAGAUGUUUUACAUAAGUCUACUUAAUAGCACUUUCAGGCAGAAGCUAUCAACAAAUCCACCCUCCAAGUUACCUGCUGUGGAACUGGAGGGGAAUGAGAUUAUCAGUUUGUGCUCCCAUGGCCAAGGCUCUUGGGGCACAUUUGCCACACAGCUGCUAAACAGUCCCGAAGGCUUACUUCCAACUUUGAAUAUGGGGAGGAGAACACACUGAACAAAUGCUCAGGCAGUUCUACCUAUUUCUGUGAUUCAAAGUUGGGUCACUCCCCACAUGAAGCCUGACUAUAGGCAUGAUUCAACUAACAUGCCACAUAGAAGCCUCUGAAAAACAUGAGGCUGCUGCAGUUUAAUUGGCAAGAUCAAUCUAUUAAAAAAAAUAUAAACACAAUUUUAUAGUUCUUACGAGGGAUAAGCAAAGCCCAGUGCUCACAAAAGAGCGGGAUAUUAUACUGUUAAUCAAUAGGUUUAAAAUGGCAACAGAUCUAUUGUGGGCAUUUAUAAGAACUGCAAGUGUCAGCCCACACCUUAAAACAUGGAUUUGCUCUCCUGUACAAGAGAGAUUCUCCUCGGCCUACAAAUAAAGCAGUAUCCUUCUUGCUUUUUUUGCCCAUGCGCACAUAAAUUAUUUUACUAAAACUGGUAUGUUUAGUUAACCAUAUUUUUUUAAAGAAGGGCCAUAACCCCAAAUUAUACAAAGGAAAGCACAUGUAUGCAGCAAACAGAAAAAUAAUAAUAAAGUAACUCACUAUGGAACUUUAGAAUAGAGUAAAAUUGCCAAGGAAAAGGUCUUAGAGGCUUGCAUGACAUUAGUCCUUUAAGGAUUUGGGAAGCUAUGAAAUAUGGUUUUUAAGCACCUUUGGGACGUUCCCUUUAUAUAUAUGUAUAUGUGAUAUACGUGAAAAAGGCCUCUUUGCAAUAACUGUUUCACUGAAUUGUGCAGCAAUCACCAAACUGAAGUGGGGUUGAAUCUGCUGUGUCAAAAAUGAGCUGAAUGAAGGCAUUGUGAUUCUUUCUCAAAGGCAGCUUCCAGAAACAUUGGAAAGAAUCGGCCUUAUUAUUUUCUUUGCCAGCCACUAAUUUACUCUGUGCCCAAUGGUAUAGGGCCAUCUAUUACAUGCCAUGUUGCACAUUCAAGAAUAAAUCCCUCCUGUAGAUAUGAAAAGCUCAAUUGAGGAAAAAAAAAAAGAUUUCCUACUCUGGUUGAUGACAGCUCCCAAGUAUGUAGCACCACAUCUGUAAUGUUACCAGUUGAGGAAAGAUCAAAUAUGACACAAAUGAGGAGAUUCAUUCUUAAAUUAAUGAAUCGCAUCUUUGCUCUAGUUACCUCGACAUGAUAUUCAUAGCACCAGUGUGCCUAUAGACAUCUUCCUCAGCAACUUCCAGAUUUCCUAUUCCACUUUUUAAAAUUAAAACAGUAUUUUAAAGUUAAACAGGAAGCUGGUUUUGCUGCAGGGAUAACUGCCAGCUUCUGUCAUGUUCAUUAUUUCCAGAAGUGCCUCUGGCCAGGCAUGGCCCUCAUAGAAGAAGACAAUAGCAGUGUCAUGAGUACUGAUGGAGAGCAGGAGGGGGCCUCUAUCCAGGGGGGAGAACGCAUGCGUAGUACUGAGGAGUUAAGCAGCCAUUCAAAGAGACACAGAUCAGACCCGCCUUGACUUUUGGGGUUUAUCUGUCUGGGUUUUUCCCACACUUCUGCAGUUUGUUAGGAUUUUCUGUCUUAUGUAGCAGUAAUAAACACUAGGGACCUAUUCCUCGUCUCAGCGUGAUUCCUGACUGUUAGGACAAGCAGUGGCUAUAGCCCAAUGCUUUGAAAAUGCGACCAACUUCUCAGAAAAAGAACAAAAUAUGAGCUAAUAGCAGGAUAGUAAUUUUUUUUAUUUUUACUAUCAUUUUAUUUCUGGUAAAUACACAACGUGCCAUGACAGCCAUUUUGUGAGGUGGUCAUAUUUUCAGUACUUCAAAUCUGCCCAACAGUUGAGGGAUUCCUGCCUUGGCUUAAUGGGAAUUAUGAUUACGCCUGUUUUUUUUAAGGAAAACAAGAGACAAAGAGAAAUCUAAUCCCAAAAGUGCAUCCCUUUCUUUGGAGGAAUUGGUGAACAUACUAAAUGGCAAACCAAUUCCCUCCUCUACAGCAGCUGUGCUGCCCUCUUCCAUUCCUGGCUUCCUUGAAACAAAAGUCCUAGAAGUCUACAGAAAGAUGAUUCUGCUUUGAGAUUCUGUUAGCUAAAGUUCAGUAUUUCUAGAGGGUACCAGGCCAGGAAGGGUUCUUUUCCCCCACUCCACUUGGUCUUAAAACAUUUAGCUCUUUUGCUUACUCCUUCUGUAUUUUUUAAAAUUUUCACAAAUACAGCAGGAUCUGCACACCCAUUAAUGUGGAUUUUAGUUACGUUAUUUGGUUAUUUUUUUAUGUAUUGCAAAAAUCCAGAAAAUUACUUCAAUAAUGAGGUUAAGCGUGUUGUGUGAACCCAGCUAUAAUCAAGCAAACCUUCCCAUAUAAAUAGCUGCUUUCUUUUUUUUAAAGGAACCAGUUCUAAAGUACACUUACUUGUUCUUGAUAGCAUGAACCACAUAAAAAGGGUUUGGCCUAUGAAAUGGGGCAUAUCAUAUUUGUUUAUACAAUGCACUCUGUGGAGGCUUUUCAUGUCAGAGAGAUAACAUCAGUUCAUUGGAAUUAAAAGGAACAACAACAAAAAGAUUACUGAUGAACAGCUGAACUUCCAAGGUUCUUGGAAGAAUGCAUGUUACCCAAUUGGGGUAAAAAGGGGAGAGAAAUGCAUGUUACUCAUUUAAAAUCAACCCUUCAGAGUACAUUGUACAAUUAUCUAAUGUAUUAGCCAACAAAACAGCAAGGAACAUUUGGUGGACAAUCAAAAGCAGAAGGAUGGGAUCGUACAAAUACCGCACCCAUGUUUAUGAAGAAUGUAACAACUUGCUACAAAUUUCAACUUGAUCAGAGGGAAGGCAUUGGCUUAAAUCCUUUAGCUCUUUAGGAUCAUUGCCUUGUAUUGUUUACAGAGACAGACAUGAACUUUUUGGAUUUAUGGACUAAGAUUAUACCCACAGGAGGCUGCUGUUAAGAACAGUUUAUUGGAGGGAUGCAAAAUUCCUUAUUUAAAGCAGAGCCCAGAAAGACCACGGUUACAGCACUGAACAUUCCAUGGAGUUUGGAGUUUUUCCAUUCCAAUGGAAAAUCAUGGCUUUGGCCGUGAUUCUUGCAACUCCCAGAAGCCUCCUUGACAACAGCCCCAGUGUUGACUUAGUCUUAUUUCCAGGGUUGAACAAAGAGUUAUCAACAGUGAAUACGUCUGCCCCAAAGGGCAGUGCUUGUAACAACACUGUGAUCCAAUUUUCCUUCAGUCAUUCUAUGCAAAAAUACCACAAAUGUCUUCUUUGUCCAUUUGUGUGUCUGCGUGUUUAUUUUUUACUGCUCCAUAAUGCUUAAUUAACUCAUUUAAACUAAUUUGUACCAUGCCUGUUUAAAAAGAGAAAGAGGAAACCCUACACUCUGUAUAGAGGGCAGAAGGAAUGGAUGGGCUUCCACAGCCCUCUUUGCCUCUGGAAAACCUACCUCCACAAAACUGCAGAGGCUGUGUGGUUUCACAAGCCAGCCAGCCUUAGGCCAAUCUUGGGGAUGGCCUAAGACUUUUGAAAGCUGGCAUGGAAAACAGUAGCCAUGAAAAGCGAUAAAAGCACUUCACCCUUCUCUUUUUCUCUUGGAAAAAGGCCAUUUUCCCCAUCCUUCUUGGUUUUCAUAUGUAUGACGUUUAAUAAAGCCUUAACUAUUUUAUAUGGCAAUAUUACAACCCACAUGAUAUUGGCAACGCUGAACUUGUUAUAUAUGCUUGCUAGAAUGAAAUAAUAUUACUGGGGGAAACUUUGUAUAACGACCCUUUGUUUUGUUGGUUUACAUUUUGAGCAAAUGACAUAUCAAAAACAGAGCUUUUUGAGAGACAGCUGUGCCAAAGAAUGCAUUUAAUACAUUUUUGGUGUGUUUGCAUUUUAUACAAAUGAACUGUUUUUAGCAGAUGUUUCUUGUUUAAUAUAUUAAAAGAACUGCAAUAUCCAA